AAGAACGUGUUGAUGAAAGUGUUAAGCAAGCAAAUAUUGUACAAAUAAACACUCUCUUCAACUUUACGCCAAAUAAUGAUUCAUCACAAAAUCUUCAUUUUUAUGGUUAUUGGGUUGGCUGUGACUCAAUUCAGUGGAAAUGUUCAGGCUGGUGGUAAAGAGUCUAAAGAAGGCAACAAAGAUUCUCCGUCGGUGUCAAGAGAAUCUUCCGUGAAACCACCUGAGAGUUCAUUUGAUCCAGAGAUAGGGGAAAUUCUGGAGACAUUUGAAGUACCAGAGUCUGUUGGGUCAGUUCCGUCAUCACCGAAAGUUUCUUCUCCAGAGUCUUUCUCCGCACCGCCUUUAUUACUUCCUUCAGAUCCAGUUGCGUCAGUUCCGUCUUCACCAAAACUUCUUUCACCAACGCCUUUGUCCCCAGUGACUCCCUCUUCUGAAGCCACAUUACCAGAUUUAACAUUACCUGCGGUAUCAGAUGUACGUGAACCACCAAUCUCACCAAAGGGAGCACAUACUGGUAGUGUUCAAAACAGAAUUUCACAAAUUGAAUCUAAGGUAGUACGACCAGCACCUGGUAGUGUAAAAGAUAAAAUUUCACGCAUUGAGGCUAAAUCGAAGGUACCGAAACGUCAACGUCCGCUGAAGAAAGGAGGAAAAAAAUAGAUUCAACACGCAAAUUAAAUCAAAUUGACGCAAAAAAUGCCAAAAAAAUGGAAAUCUCACUAUUAUCUCUUUUAAACCUGUUUCGAUUUAAUUUAUUCAUUUAAAUCAUCAGUCAUUUUAUGAUACAAAAAAUCGAAAUAAACAUAUUCAUAUUAUAAA